AUGCUUUCCCGCUUCGUUCGAAGCGCUAUUCGCGCUCCUCGGCCAUAUAGAAGGGCGUUUGCGACGGUUCACAACGUCGGGCCCCAGACAGAAAUCACGACCCUCUCGAACGGUCUAACUGUCGCGACCGAAUCUCAACCUCAUGCGCAGACAGCGACCGUUGGGGUGUGGAUUGACGCGGGUUCCAGGGCGGAAACCGACAAGACGAACGUAGAGGUCGAAAACAUUGGCGCACAUCUUAAUGCCUAUACCUCUCGCGAGCAGACUGUCUACUACGCCAAAAGUUUCAGCAAGGACGUCCCUGUGGCCAUGGACAUCAUCAGCGACAUUCUGCAAAACUCGAAGCUCGAGAACUCUGCCAUUGAGAGAGAGCGUGGUGUUAUUCUCAGGGAGCAGGAAGAGGUUGACAAGCAGCUUGAGGAAGUCGUCUUUGACCACCUUCACUCUGUCGCCUUCCAAGGACAGUCUCUUGGCCGUACAAUUCUCGGUCCCAAGGCGAAUAUCCUCUCCAUCAAUCGCAACGACCUUUCCUCCUACAUAAAGACCAACUACACCGCUGACCGCAUGGUCCUCGUCGGUACAGGAGGCAUUGAGCACGAAGUGCUUGUUAAGCUUGCCGAGAAGCACUUUACCUCUCUUCCCGUGUCCUCCAACCCCAUACCCCUCGGCCGUCUCUCGCACCCUAAGCCCACAUUUGUAGGCUCAGAAGUGCGGGUCCGUGACGAUACCAUCCCCACUGCCAACAUUGCCAUCGCUGUUGAGGGUGUCGGCUGGAGCUCGCCCGACUACUUCCCCAUGAUGGUCAUGCAAUCCAUCUUCGGUAACUGGGAUCGCAGCCUCGGCGCUUCUAACCUCCUUUCCUCCCGGCUCUCUCACAUCCUUUCCAGCAACAACCUCGCCAACUCGUUCCUGUCCUUCUCGACCUCUUACUCUGAUACCGGUUUGUGGGGAAUCUACCUUGUAUCCGAGAACUUGAUGAACUUGGACGACCUCCUGCACAACACGUUGAAGGAAUGGACGAGGAUGAGCAUUUCACCUGAGGAGGUUGAGGUUGAACGGGCUAAGAGUCAGCUCAAGGCCGGCUUAUUGUUGAGUUUGGAUGGUACCACCGCAGUUGCUGAGGAUAUUGGCCGACAGCUUGUCACCAGUGGAAGGAGGAUGUCGCCUCAGCAGAUCGAGAGUGCUGUUGAUGCCGUCACCGUUGCUGACAUUAAACGUGUCGCGCAAAAGUAUCUUUGGGAUAAAGAUUUCGCUUUGGCUGCUCUGGGAAGUAUUGAGGGACUGUUCGAUUACAACCGCAUCCGUUCCGACAUGUCAUCUAUGAUCUACUAG